CGGAAGGUGAUUUCUUUCUGUUUCUGAGAAUGUUGUGACAUAACACGAAAUGCCAGAUCCCCUUAAAUUGAAGCUUACAAGAAGGAAGGAAUUAAUAUGAUGCCUUAAACAGUCAGGUCUAUGUAAAGAUCCAUUUUGCGAAGAUAUGGAGAAGCCACAUCUCAGCUUCUUGAUGCACAAGUUGAUCGUAGCCAGUCACGUACGAUAUACCAUUUGAAAAAGCUACAAAUAACAUCAUCUGCCUCGAAAUUUGACUAUGGCGAACAAGAACGAGGGAGAAGUAGUUUCUCAGCAACUCCGAGACCUUUGGAGCUCGUAUGUGCGGUGUAGUUCAUCACAGUUGCCAGAGAAAACCAAAUUUCUGGAGCUUUUCAUGGUGCAGUUUUUGGCAACCUACCAUGUUGAAAAGGGAGACUUAAAGAAAAUUUCCAGCUUUGUUGAUGUCUACAGCAUAAGCAAUGUGCUGACAAGUGAAUUCCAGUCUGCAGUUCUUCUAAAAUGUGAGGAUGAGUGUGAAAAACCAUUGGUUGAUUAUCUUUGUCAUGGACAGGGUCUACUUCUGCUACAGAUGUUAUGUAUUCUAGCAAGUAAGGUUGCUGGAAGCAGUUUAGAGUUGGCUAAUCUACUUGUUUCUUUGCUGCCAGUUGUUUUAAGAGUACCUUUACAACAUUAUGACUGUCUUUAUGGAUUAGAGCUUAUUUUUGCUGACUUUGAUAAUCACUGGUGGGACACCAAGAGCACAUCUUGCCACACAAACUUUGUGAAAGAAAAGAUCUUUAGGCCUUUUCAGGAUCACCUUGAGUUGGAAAUAAAUUCCAGCUCUCCUCAAGAAGAAGGAACUGAAGCUGAUGAACUGGUAAAUGCUGGCAAAGCUCAAAGCAGUCACAUUGAAUUGCUUCACUCAGUCAAGAGCAGAACAGAUAGUCCCAAUACAACUGAAGACAGUGACGUGUUCACAAGUGUUACAAGCAUAACAGACCUGGACAGUCCAUUAAGUACUAGUAUCAGUGAGUGCUCUGACACUGAAAUCCCCAGCAAUUAUUUGACUGCAAGCACACGGUCUGGAACAACAAAUCAAAUAGAAAUUCCUAGCAUGAGCUCUUCUAGUGUGGUUCUUGAUGGAGACAAGCAUCCUGUACAUACAGACUCUUGUCUGUUAGCCAUCUCAUCAAGUCAUUGUAGCAUCAAUAGCUUUGAACUGUCAAUCCUUCUUCUUGCAAUUCUGGAAAACCUAACCUGUCAUGGCAAUGUAUCGCUCAGUGAUUGCAAUCUUUUGAUGCAUACCAGUGGUCAACUGAUUGACAUUGUCUUUUCCCUCAGUGAUGCAAGACACAAGAGUGCUGGGGUGUUUUGUGAGUGGGAACCUGGAGCAGUUACUUCAGUUCACUUAGCUACAUUAAGAACAGUAUUCUCAAUUCUCUAUACUGCAUGUCGAAACCCAAAGGCUGCCAAACAACUGUCAAAAACCUCAUAUGUUCAGAAACUUUUGCAGGUGAUCGCAGAUGGUUGUUUAGACAAAGAAUUCCUGACAACCAUUCAACAUUUUGAACUUGCUAAACUUGUUACUGGGAUCAGUGAUGAGGAAAAGGAACCUAACUCCAAACUUCUAUCUUCAGAUGUUUGGAGUAGUUUUCAAAAUGAGCUGCUCCUUGGUUGCUCUUUACAUGGUCUCCUUCUCUUUGUAAUGACAUGCAUUCAUUAUGGUACCUUGGUCAAUUCCACUCUUUAUGUUCUGUGCCACGAGAUUUUUGAACAAUUUUCGUCCAAUGGGGGUUUUGACUUCCUUGUUACCUUGCUUCUGAAAUUGGACGAGGUUUACUCACACGAGGUAAAUCUAGAAAGCAUGGAAAAUGACCCGAACUUUCAGCUGAAAUCAUUUGCUCGAAGAAUUGAACAGUACCCGAGAAAUCUCUCAAAUCGGAUUGUAAGGAACUUAGGCAAGAUGAUUUCAAUGUUGAAAAAAGGCAAGACCAGCUGCAAGAGUUCCCGAGAAGCUAGCAGUAGAAAGACUUCAGUGGUCUCGUCAGGGAACCCUGUCACACAGGAUGAUGUGUAUGAAAUGUGUGGAGUGUACCUUCCAUCUUAUGAGGUGGAGGAGAGUUCAGAGUCUGCUGCAGAUAUGGAGUAUGAAAAACAGAGGCAAGACCAAUUGCCAGAAGACCUCUGCACAGUUUUGAGACCUGCCAUAACGCUAUUGACAGUCUUCAAGGACAGCAGGAAUUCAAAGUUUAGAUUGAGCAUACUAAAAUGCUUGGAAAAAGUUGGAAUUUGCCCCUGUGUCUCGCCAGAUGCAUUGGUGACAACUCUUCUCAGUAGAUUUGUAGACCAGCACAAGGACUUACAAGACGUUAUUCUCAGAAUUACCAACCACAUGGUGCUCACAGAAAUUGACGUUAUGUAUGAUAAUUACGAUGUUCUCCGGUCACCAACUUUUCAAUUUAAAACGGGUCAGAGAUUUCGCACAAAGUCAGCUAAAGAGAGCCCUUACAAAAGUGAUAGUGGCUUCUCUGCUAGUGAUUUAUGUGUGCAAAUGAGAGAUCUGGCAAGCGAUAGGAAACCUAACUGGGCUUGUCUGUCACAAUACUGUGCUCUAUUGUCGUACAGAGACACAGAUGUUGCUGUAGAAGUUGCUAAGGCUCUGAAGCCUUUGGCUAUUUUGGGAUCGAAACAUUUGAAGGCUGAGCUUUUCCGCAUGGUGGUUCUCCCGUGCAUGUUGCGCUUCGAUGGGAUCUUCACAGACGAGGUUGUUGAGCCGCUGAGAAAGAUCAGAGCAAGGACUUGGACAGGAACAUCCACAUCGGAGUGGCUUGAGCAACGAGGCAAAUCGUUCAAGGGGAACACCUUUGCUGGCUUUGGCGUAGACUUUUCGGAACAGGUCCUUGGACACGAUGAGAUUUGUGCAGAGGUUCUUGAACUUUGUAUUUGUAUGCUAACCUCGCUUCUCGCUGGUUCUGAGUCUCGAGCACUGUUCCUAGACUGCGGUGGUUUGAAUGAACUACAGAGCUUUCUGGCAUUACCACAGCUCCAGGAACCAGUUAUACAAGUGCUGGAGUUCUUGGCUGAUGUUGAAAAUCAUGAAGCAAUGGGGAAGCGACCUCAUACAGAGAGUGACGUCCUCAGUGCAGGAUCUCAAGAGUCAAGUGGAGAUAAAUGUGGCGACAAAGUCUGUUGCCGCAGCUUCCUUUCUUUACUUCAAUUUACCACAUCAUUUGUUGACGAAAUGAAGUCACCUGAACUGCCUCAUAUAACAUCUUGCCAUCGGGUGGAAUCAUCAUUGGGAGUGUAUGUUUGGAGAUCGUGUCUUCGCUUGCUGGUUUCAAAUGAGUUGUUCGGUGAACUGUUUCUAGAGGGUGGUGGAGUAGUUUUCAGUUGGGAGUUACUCCAUCUUUUGCUUGAAAUAUUUCAUGGUGCCUUUUUCACUCAUCACACAGAGGAGAAUCAUGGAAUUGAUAUUCAGUGCACCAAAGAGCUUGUGAGCUUGUUUGAGUCAGUUAUGGCCGUCUGUAUCAGAAUGGCACACACUAAACAAUGGAAGAAUGUAGAGGCACUUCCAAAUCUUGACCAUCUGGUAGAGGAGGUCAGGAAAUUAUUCUCGCACUCGGAGACUUUGCAGAGAUCUCUUAGCAAAGGAUUGAGUGAAUGUUUUCUCAAGGCAUCGACGUGGCAGCUGGAGGCGUCAGAGGGUUUGGCUUUGCUCGGAUCGGAAAUUAUACGGCAAAGAGAAGUCGUUUUGAGGAAAACAAGCCACGGGGACAGUCAAGAGGAGUGGUCCAAUCUAUUAGACGAUGAUGACGACGAAACAGAUGGGAACCAAAAAGCCGGCGAGUCAGUGGUCGAGGAAGGUUACGAUGCCGAUCAAGAAGCUGACUCCGACAGGAGCGAUGAAACAGAACAUAAAUCUCCCAGGAACAAGAAGCAGGCUAGACAGAAGAAACGAAGUCAGUUUCCCAAGCAGCUUGAGCACAUGUCGAAAGGAUUGGUUAUUUACCCACGGAUUUGCAACGUACUUUUUCAGUUAUUGAAGGUGUGCUAUGGCAGCAGGGUACAAGAAGGAGAAUCCGAGAGUGUGGGUGUGGUUCACCAUGCAGUUGAAAACCUUCUUCUUCUACUCAGCGAUUGUGAAGAAAAUUGUCGGCUUCUGUGUCAACAUGGAUUUCUUGGGGUUUUCCUUGAGUGCUUUGGUGAUGUCAUGAUUAGACAAGAGCAGUCACUACAAGGUCUUCAGACUCUCGUGAUGGAGGUGUUUGUUUGUCUUGCUUGUCACAACAUUACAGCUGCUGAACUGUGGGACUUCUUGGCAUUGUUUAACUCCCCGGACCCCCCGGUGCACUUAUUAUCUUCGGCUUUAUCUGAGGUUGCUGCCAGAGCCAGCGCCAAUCCUGGUCCUGCUUUCCUGAUGUCAUUUCCAUAUCGAGCCAAGGAAUCGGAACGACGAGCUACAACAUCUGGUACAGUUGGUAAAGCUGCCAUUGGAAAAGGGAAGAAAAUAAGAGGGAAAAUGUCUCUAAAAAUCAAGUCGCUCUCUCCACAACCAAGCGAUGGUGACAAGUCUAGUGAGACAGACAGUAUACGAAGUGGUAGCUCUGCAAGCUCCCGCAUAUUUCAGGUUUCUGGGACUCAUGAUAAGUAUCUGAAAAGAGUCCACAAAAAGUCAAAAUCCUCCAUGGAAGGAUCAAAGCGCCGUGGAAGUUCCAAACGAAGUACAAGAAAGCAGCUUGGAAGCUCCCCCACCGGAUCAAGCUACUCUGCUGACUAUGAACUAACAGAGGUACUUCACUUUCAAGAGCGGACUCAUUUACCCUCGCCAUUUCUGUUGCAUGCUGUCCAGCUACCUUUUCGUGGCAGCCUUCCUCGCUCUGAGAGGGGGUUCAGUAUUGCCAUGUGGAUCUGCUUGAAUAGUCCCAGUUUAGGAACGGAAGUGGAUGAUGGCUUAAAAUAUCCGAGUGGAGAUUCGCCGGGACAGCUAGUAAAUUCCAUGGAAAGAACGGUGCUGUCAAGAAAAGAGAGAAUCGUCCAUUUGUGCUCAGUUGGUUGUAAUAAAAUCCUUUUUGAGAUUUGGAUAUUUCCAUCCGAGGGAGCUGUUCUCAUAAGAUGGACCAAAAACCACAAAAGUAGCAGUACCUCUCUGGAAGUGCUAAAACAACGAAUGAUAAGAUUACCAGCGUUGACGAACGGACAGUGGCACCAUCUGGUCGUAUCCUUUACCCAAUCAAAGGUGUCGGCUGAAGAGCAGAAGGAUACACAGGCAGACAGUUUACCUCUCUCAGAACUCCUCAUAGUGGUGGAUGGAACUGAAUCAACAGUUCAUGACCUUGGGCCUCCCCUACUAUGGCACGAGGAAGCCAAAUUUACCCUGUCGACACUGCUUCUUGGUCACGUGACCUAUACUGACGGCGGCAAAUCUCCGAGGGAAGUUCUUCAUGAGGGAUAUCAGAUUGGAAAUGUGUUUGUUUUCGCUGAGAAACCAUUUAAAAUCUCCAAGCUCGCAAAGCAGCAGUCCUCAUCAUCAAAUGAUUGGCUGGUAGAGAAAGGGGAAGCAUUUUAUUUAUAUUCCCUUGGACCAAACAGCGCGAGUAUGGGACAGCUUAGUAAAGACUUUAACAUGUUAGCAAGUCACACCUCAAACGACCCCACGCAAUCGUUCAUGGAAGCUGCUAACUUAUGGUCUCGUCUGGCCAUCACUGAACAAGCUGUCGCGGCAAAUCUACCUCUAGGCUUUCUCACGAGUCCUCAUGUUGUCGUACCUGAUCUAGAGUUGUCACUUAAGAAGCGGCUCGCUGCUGUGUACUCGCCUGCUUGUCCGUUGCGAUUCCAGCAGUAUUCAGAGCUGCUGACCAGCGAAGAAAGGCAAGGAAGACCAGCGUCUUUGAACAUCUCAGAGCAGAGACUUAAACAAAGCGAGUCUGAAUCCUGGGAAGGUGAUGCAAAGAUCUCUUCUGGAGUUGAACCUCAUCGACAACAGACUCUUUUGGAAUCAGCUCAUGAUGUCGGAGGGAUUGGCGUCUUCAUUUUUCUUUUUGCUAAGGUGGUGGAACAAACACAAGAGGAAAAAACACAAGCGGAGGCCUUGUCAGUUGUUUUGUCGCUUCAGUAUUUCUCAGUCUUUCACGCCCGAGCCAUGGACGAAGAGUCUGGGUUCGCAUUGCUGAAAAGGAUUCUGCUUUCUCCCGAAUGUAAGAUUGGUUACCAUACGCUGAAGGUGCUGAUGGAGGCGGCAUGUGAUAGCGAUGUAUUCAAACCAACAAACCUGGCCGAUGAUCCCAUAAUGCUGAACAUAGACUCCACUGCUGUGGUUCGGAACGUCGCAAUUUUUCAGCAUUUCCUGUUGAACUGGAAAAUCUGGGAGAGAGCCAAACAAGGUGUACUGGAAAUGCUGUUAGCCACCAUUGACAUUUUGGUGCACGGAAGCCACAGUUAUUACACUUUUAAUAUCAUUCAGUUCCAGAAGGCGCAGCUCGUGCAGCAAAUCCUGAUUGGAUGUCAGGAGAGACAGAGCGAAGAGUGCAAGGAGAUUCCACGAGUAAUAAGCUCUUUGUAUGUGAAUAUCAUCCAAAAUGUCAUGGGCAAUCCCCCUGACCUGACUGUGUUGAAGUCUGUUUGCGAGUUCCUCAUUGCUGUCCACCCGACGAAUGACAUCAUUCGACUGCAUGCGCCAAGCAGAUGUUAUCUCAGAGAGCACUCUCUCGACAUUUCUCUGGGUUCAAACCGUUCUUUACCUGCAGCCAGUAGCUCCAUUUCUUCUCCUCGCACCACUCCAGUUCGCUCGACACACUCACCAAGUCCGUUUCAGUUUACCAGCCCAGCGAGGAACCCCUCAAGAACCCCAAUGAGCCGGUCGCUCAGUUUUGAGUCUAUUAAAAACAAGGAUUUGCAAAGAAAACUCGCCGAUCCACUGCGUGUUCCAGAAAAGCGAGGGCUUUUAAAGACAUCCUCUCGUAGCGUAACUGAGCUCAGCAAAUCUGUUACAUCAGGGUUAGAAGCUGGUGGACAAACUCAUUGGAGUUUUCACGAGACACCAAAGGGAACAAUGGACGACAGAGAUGUAUUUCAAUUGAGCGUGUCCGUGGAGAUGACACCUGGAAGCUCCGGCAAAGCUUCUGUACCUACAGAAGUAUUUUCUGUGCCUAAAGGAAACAGAAACCUCAGUGUCAUCGUUCCACAGCACGAGGCCAGCAGCAGCGAGGGGCUGAGUAGCAGCUCUCUUGUACUUCACGGAAGCCCCUUUAGAGAGUCCGACCCCAGAAUGAGCCCCUCUCCAUUGAGGAGCGCUGCCGUACCUUUGGGUAUAUCUUACCCAGGGGUACGCCCCAUUCCCGGCAGCAACCCCAUGGUGAUAAGGAAAUAUGAAUCAGUUCCUAGUUACGAUGCACAGUCCAGUUUUGAUCCCACGGAUUAUGACUUUAUAAACGACUCUGAUUUCAGCUCUUUACAAAGCAGUGUGGUCAAUCCAAGUUCCAAUGAUGAUUAUGUGGUGGUGGAAGGAUUCCCCGGGAUUCAGUCAAGUACAAGGACAUACUGUCCAACCCGUUCAGACAGCGUAGAAGCCGUUGAUGCGAUGAUAAAAUUGAGACUGGGACUGAUGAAAUUGCUGGAGAAGAAACUGUUCAAUCUGCCGUCUGAGCAUGUGCCGGCGGUGAUUGGUGAGGUUCUCAAAGCUGAAUACAUUUUGGUGUGGGCUUAUCAUGAUUCAGAUGAUGUCAGGGAACUUGCCAUCAGGAUUCUUUUCCAGUUUUUACAGAAGGCAGAGCCUAAACGGUUUGACCAGUUCUUAAGAAUCCACGGCUUCCAUCUGUUAGCGAACCAGCUUUAUGAUCAUCCGGUGACAAAGCUGUUACUAGAGGGCUGUCUUUCGCUACUUGUGGAUCGUCCUGUUGACUUAAACAAAGACUAUGACUAUUCAGGUGCAGAAGUUAGAGGCCUGGCCUCUUCAGUCCGCCCCAAGGGUGUGGUGCCCCUUAUGGCCCUGUUAGAGAACAGUGUGUUAAAGCCAUCUCUGUUUCAUCUUUUGAUCCAGCACCUUUGCCAGCUGUUCAUCAAAGUGGAUGAACUGUGCCUGCAGGCUGUUGAUAACGGGUUGUUGGAAACCCUGUGUAAUGUGAUUUAUGGACUUUGCACCUUACGACACAGGCAGAGGAAACCGUCUGACCUUCCAGACCUGGAUGCAGUGAUGGAAGACUUUCAGCAAUUUGUUGUGUGUAUUGUAAGGAAAGCAUGCAGCACCAACGGCGACCUUUAUUUUCAAAUGUUUGAAGAUAUGCUGAUUGCUUUGGAGAACCUGGAAGAGCAGGAUCACAAGAAGAGAGAUCACGAUCCUUCUACAUCAUACUGUGCUCGAUACUUUCGCUUGUUCGCUAUUCAAGUGGCCUUACAUUUCUUCCAAGAAGUCAGUAAAGGGGAAAGACCUGUCGGAGGAAAAAAGACAAAACCAUCUGGACUGAGAUUGUCAUUUCGUGGACCAGAUAGUAACGCCGACCCAGUUCCUGCAUUCACUCCGGUCUCCUCUUGGGUCAACUUGGACCGAGAUCAGUUCAGAUUGUGCCUGGAUCCGAGCCAACUCAAGCAGUCCCCAACAAGUGCAAACUCUAAUGAGCAGACGCGGCGUUUUCAAAUCACGUGCCAGCUGGCUGUUCACUCAAUAGUGUACUGUAAGACGUUCUUUCUCCCAGAGGACUUCAUAGCCUUUCAUUUCACUUCAGUCGCGAUGGACGUCCAUGAGGUAUUGCGGCCAGGGAUGGUGCGAGUUGCCGGAGCAGCCAUUGAGAAGGAGUUUGCGCAGUUCGUGUUCAGUUUACUUCUGGAAAUUUUUGAUGCUUGUUUGGAUGGAAGAAAGCGAGAAAUUUACAAACUGUUCAUCGUGUCUAAAGAUCAUUUGAAAGCACAGCUGGGCAAACUGCUGGUGUUCCUGUUGAAUCCAAGUCAGGAUUUGGACUUGUCGUAUUUCGCGCUCAAUCUUGUCCAUCAUCCACGUGCUAAAAAGAUUAUAGAGAAUGUACUUACAACCAGCGGAGGAUCAAAGCUCCGUCAACGCGCAGCAGUGUAUGUUUUGAAGAUUCUCGAUGAUGCUGGUCUCACUCUGGAACAGAAAAAGAACGCCGAGAACUUCAAAGCCUUGAUGGGGUCUUUGAACCUGCAGUCGAUGCGCUGGAGCGCUGACGAAAGCAAACUUGCUAAUGACGAGUUUCAGAUGUGGGAUCCCCAUGGUAUGAUGCAAUGGCAAAAGCAGAGAAGUGAUGGUUAUAAAAGACUUGACAAGAGAACAGAGGAGCUUAGAAAGGCCAUAUCAACUGUUGCUAAAGAUGUCACUAGAGUAGUGGUCGAGAUCCAGGACACUAAGCGCCAGGCCCUGCUCAAACACACAAGGGACGCGCUUUCCGCGGAGGUCCAGAUUCGUAAAAAAUGGCGCCAACUUAUUGAGCGACUCAUCCAUGAACGAUCUGUGUGGUACGACGCUGAGCAUUUUCCUUCAUCGUGGAGACUGGACCCAACAGAGGGCCCAGACCGUGUGCGAUGUCGCCUUCAGCGGUUUCAUUUAGACAUCGUCGAGAAGUAUCUUAUGAAAGAACACUGUGGAAAAAAGUCGAAGGGUGGAGGCACUCCGCUGUCAUAUCUGUUUGAAGACACCACGACCUCUUCGAAGAAAAACGUUUACUAUAUCUUUGACACUCCUGAUACCAUUCGUUUUCUUCAUCAUUGUAAGAACAUUACGCUGGAUAAUAAAAUCAAUGGAGUUCUUUUAAUUGGUGAAAGUCAUAUGUAUUUUGUGGGUGAGGAAGCUACACAGACAGACACAGACAUUACUCAAAUUUUGCUAGGCAACAAGGAUGCCAUCUCCAUAUCCUGGCUCUAUGAAGAAAUUCAAGAAAUUCGUACCAGGAGAUACUGCCUUCAGGACAAUGGCUUGGAGAUAUUCCUUAACACCGGCCGGACGUAUUUGUUAGCAUUUGACACGAAGGAGGACCGCGAAAAAGUACUGGAGCAGUUUAAACAGAGACAUCUGCCUUGGUACGACGCGCCACAAUAUGAACAUCUAAUGGUUCUAACAAACAGGUGGCGGAUGGGACAGAUGACCAACUUUCAGUACCUUACAGAGCUAAACAAGAUGGCAGGUCGCUCAUUCAAUGACCUCAUGCAGUAUCCCGUGUUCCCAUUCGUGCUGGCUAACUUUAGUAGCGAUGUCCUGGACCUGAACGACGUCAAGAAUUUUCGCGACCUUUCUCGUCCAAUUGCUGUGCAAAAUCAGUCAAAGGAACGAAAGUAUCGAGAAAACUUUAGAUGGUUACAAGAGGAGUAUGAACGCAUGCAAGAAGAGGAUCCAAUGUCCGCCCCGUAUCAUUAUGGAUGCCAUUACUCUAACAGUGGCACCGUUUUACACUUUCUUGUUCGGAUGCCUCCGUUCACUAAAAUGUUUUUGCAAUAUCAGGAUCGCAGUUUCGACAUUCCUGAUCGUACGUUCCAUUCCAUGGCAACAACAUGGCGUUUGUCAUCGUUCGAGUCCGCUACUGAUGUCAAAGAGCUCAUCCCAGAGUUCUUUUUCCUCCCAGAGUUCCUUGAAAACCGCGAAGGUUUUGACUUUGGCCUUCGUCAAAAUGGUCAGCGGGUUAUGGAUGUAGAGGUUCCCCAGUGGGCAAAAGGUAGCACCAGGCUUUUCACUAUGAUUCACAGACAGGCCUUAGAUUCAGAAUAUGUUUCGCAAAACCUCAACCAAUGGAUCGAUCUUGUAUUUGGUUACAAACAAACAGGCCGCGAAGCUAUAGACGCCAUCAACGUAUUUCACCCCGCUACAUACUAUGGUGUAGAUGUGAAUGCAAUCACAGACCCCGUCCGUCAGAAAGCUCUCAAGACCAUGAUAGAGACAUACGGCCAAACUCCCCAGCAACUGUUCACAUUUCCUCACAGCCCGCGACCACAGAGCAAACCACAGCUUUCAUUGUCCGCGGAGGGAAGCUCUUUGGUUAGUCAUUUAAGUUUCACUUUCAAGGGCAUGGACAAUGAACCUUACAGCGGGUUGCUGAUAAACCGUCUGGGCACAUCACUUUCUUCUGAUACUGGCACGCUUGUGGGUAGCGCCGUUGACACUCUGACCGAAAUUCGACAGCCAGUCAAUACAGUCGAGGGCCUAAAAUGGGGGCAAUACGUCGGUUCUCCGGCUAUGGGUGCCCCCGCUGUGGGUUUUACGCAAGCGUUGAACACCUCUGUUCAUUCUCUGGUCUGUCUCAAGAAUGACUAUGUCUUUGUCCUGGGUUACAACUGUACCUUGCUGACCGUGCACCAGACGAAGCCUGGGGAGAGUGAUGAAAGGUUAAUUUGGUCUGCAGUAUUGAGCUGGGGGUACAUGGAUGGGGGUUUACGUGUGUGUACCUCCCCUGAAAGUGCCCCUGUCUGUCUCAUGGAGCACCACACACCUGAUAAGAUCACGUGUUGUGCAGUGACUGACGGAUGUAAGCUGUUGUUCAUUGCUACAUCAACUGGCACGUUAUCAGUGCUGCCCGUCAAGUACAACCCAGCCGUGGACACUGGUAUGGAAGUGUUGGGUUCGAGAGUUCGUCUUCACGGACACAAGGAUUACAUCACGUGUAUGGAGUUGUGUCAAGCCUUCAGUAUUGUGGUCAGUGGUAGUCGUGAUAAGACAGCCAUCAUUUGGGAUUUGAACAGGUUAAGUUAUGUGAGAUGUUUGGAACACUCUAACACAGUAGCAUCGCUGGCUAUCAGUAAAACCACAGGAGAUAUAGGGACAGUGUCACAUACAAUGAAGUACGUCUCUGAAGAGAGCACUAUAGAAGAAGGAAGCGUAAUUAAACUAUGGACAGUCAAUGGCAGGUUCAUAAGCCAAGCCCCAUGUGAGCUUUUAAUCAACUGCUUGGAAUUUUCCGCUGCUCCUGAGGGAAUAUCUGUCAAUGUUAUCGCCACUGGAUUAAGCAAUGGCGCUAUAAGGUUAUGGAGCACAUGGGACCUAAGCCAAAUACGGGACAUUGCCCCUGAUCAGUAUCUCAGCCAAGUAGCAAGCCUGACUUUUUCAGAAGACAGUCAACGACUUUUUGCCGUGAACACCAACGGGAAACUCGUCGCCUGGCAACGGAGAGACAAAAUCUAUACAAAGCCACCGACGAUAACCGUAUUCCCUCGAACUUAGACGCAAUCUUUACUUCCUCAACUCAGGCUUGGGCUUAGUUUGAAUAUAACACUGGAAAUAUAGAGUUUGAUUGUUAUUCCUCAAUUUGUAAAGCUUAGGAUGAACUACGGCACAAUUUUUGUUGUUGUCAGUGACGGAAAUAGGGCUACAAUUUAUUCUAGGCUUAGACCAGUGCAUACAUGCAAUAAUUAACGUGUUCAACUCUUGGUUCUUAUGACGUUACGAGACAAAAUACAGGGCCAACCGAGACCUUGAAAUAAUGCUGUGAGGUCGCAAGGAAACUUGGCGAUCGAGGCGAGAAGUUUUUUCACCGAUACACUUGUCACUUUAAAUAUAAUGUAUGAUAUAGGAAGUCUGCGUUUCGGAAUUCCCUCAUGAGUGGGCAAUCACGAAACAGGCUUGUAGGGAUGAAAGCUUAGUCUUUGUAUUUUCCUAACUCAGCAUAAUAUAUGAUAUAUGUUUUUUACAUGAAAUUGAACUGAUUGCAUUUCAGUGCAAACUAAAGAGAGCAACGCUUGCAGCUAAAAAAAAACGUCACGUUUAGGCAAUCCUAACGACAAGAGACUCAUGACACAGAUUCUUUCUAAAAGGUGUCUUUUUUAAGUAAUUAAACGCAAGACUAUUUUGUUACACUCAUGUUUUUAAUCAUAAUUCCACUAGUAAAUGGUAAUCUUUUUUCUCCGUGAGGUAGUUGCAAACAAAAAUCAAACAAUGGAUUAAAAAUGGUCUGAUACAUGGACUACUAUGAUGAUGAAUUCCGACUGUUGUCGAUAAGGGUACAGAUCACGCUAGACCACUCUCGAUUUAUUCAUUCUCACGGAGGUUGGCCUUUUUUUUUGUUGCAAUUUUUGUCAGGGAAAAAAUCGUUAAAUGUGGCUCGUGAAAAAAGAGACUAGGAGAUAUUUCUUUAAUAAAAAAUUUAUAAGUCACCCAGUGAAUUAAAGCGAGUGAAAGGUGUGUACUAUUUACGUUAGAUAUGUACCAUAGAAAUGUAAUAUAUUAAUUUCAGAAUUGAAUCUUUCUUUUUUACUGAAAUAAAGUAAUUUUAAAAAGA